AUGACUCUAUGGCAAGCCUGCCACGGUAGGCUACCCACAAAAGAUCGUUUGCUAAGAUUUGGAAUGCUAGGUGAUAAGAUUUGUUGCUUCUGUGAGGGACCAGAAUCCCAUGAUCACCUUUUCUUUGGAUGUAGUGUCCUUGGUGAUGUGUGGAAACAAGUCCUUAAGUGGAUUCAGGUAAAGCAUCAUCCUCAGGAAUGGAAUGAAGAGCUAAAAUGGAUUAUUAGGCACGGUAAAGGAAAGGGACAUAAGGCCUCUAUUCUGAAGCUGGCAGUGACUGAAACUGUCUAUGGCAUCUGGAAAUACCGCAAUGCUAAGAUUUUUGAAGAAAUUGUAGAUAAUACGAACAUAGUUGAUUAUAUUAUAGAUAAUAUAGUUUAUAGAGGGUGGUAUAACAAUAAACUAAAAUCUCACAUAGCUCAUUUCAUGAUGUUUUGA